CGACUACAGUGAUGAGCCCGAGCUGAUGCCCAAGACGCCGUCGCAGAAGAACCGUCAGCGGAGGAAGAGGUUGUCGGCCCUGCAGCAGGAGGACCGGGAGCUGGGCAGGAAGCGGUUAUCCAGGAGGAGGAACAGUGGCCUCAAACUCUCGUCCUCCGUGCGAAGAUCUCAGCGGCUCCACAGCAAAGAGUCCCUGGACCUCAGCAGGGCCGAGGCACCAGCAGCCUCCUCUCCUCAGCGUGUGACCCAGUCCCAGGCUGCAGCCUCUGCCAAAAGCUCCACGGUGGUCCCUGAGACCCCUCCUGCCACACAGGCAGCAGGGCAGGAUCUCUGGGUGGAAGCUGAUGAUGCCAGCACUGCAGUGCCUCUACAGACGAGCCCAGCAAAGUCAGCAGAGCUGCCUCGGAGCUCAGGGAAUGACUCGCCUAAGGACAUUCCUGAAUCCACUGAGCUGGUGGUUCCCUCUACCCCUGAGGCAGUGCCUGAGCUGAAGACAAUGAACGCAGCCAAUGUCACCAUUAUCCUGAGCCAAGAGGCUGGGCUAGAACAGGAAGGGAAUGCCUCCCAUGGGGAACACAGUGGAGCUGAGGAGCUCUCCCAGCUCCCGAGGGACAGCCCUGCUACCCCGACCAUCUCCCGGCCCAGCCGGCGCUCUGUGCGCCGCAGCCUGAUGGGCAGCACCUCCCUGAGCCACAGGACCUCCCUGGCAGAGAAGUACUCCCUGGCCAGCAAGAGGGAGAGCAUGAUCCGCACAUCCAUGGCCAGGGCAGCAAGCAAGAGGAAGGCGGCUCGGAAGACAUCUCAAAAGAUGUCUGUGUCCUCCAGCUGCAUGGAUGAUGGGGGUGACUCUGCAGAGGUGCCAGAGGAUGAGGAAACUGUUGUCAAAGCUGGACCUCCUCCUGGACCUUGCACCCCCUCCAAACUGGAUUCCCAAAGCCCACAGAUGUGCCUUCGCUCCCACGCAGUCAGCAGGCACGAGCAGCCGCAGGAGCCCAGCAGCAGUGAAAACAACUUGACCAAGAAGGAGGCAACCCUGGAUCCUCCCCAGAGUGCCAGGAGGAAGCCAAGCUACAAGAGAGCUGUGGACGAGCGCUACGACACCCAGCAGGCAGAGGAGGGAGGGCUGUCCCCCCUCAGGAGGAAGACCCCAUCCCCAAGCUUCCCAGCCAGCAAGGUUGUUCGUCCUUUCAAAACAUUCCUGCACACUGUGCAGAAGAACCAGCUGCUCAUGACACCAAGCUCUGUGGGGAGAAAUGGAGUCAUCAAGUCCUUCAUCAAGCAUAACACCCCUCUCCAUCCUGAUCCCAAGGAAAAGGAGAGGCAGAAGCUGGAGACCUUGCGAAAGAAGCAAGAGGCUGAAGAGAUGCGAAGGCAAAAGCUGGAGGAUGAGAAGAAACGGCGACUUGAAGAGGCGAAGCUGAAGCGUGAGGAGCGCCUGCGCAAGGUGCUGCAGGCCCGGGAGCGUGCAGAGCAGAUCGAGGAGGCACGGAAGAGGAAGAUAGAACAGAAGAUAGCUCUGUUUGAUGAGAAGACUGAGAAGGUACGGGAAGAAAGACUGGCAGAGGAAAGGAUCAGGAAGAAAGCAGCUGCCAGGAAGAUGGAAGAAGCAGAGGCUCGGCGCAGGCAGGAGGAGGAGGCCAGGAGACAAAGAGCUCUGCAGCAGGAGGAGGAGGACCGUCGGCACAGGGAGCUGAUGCAGAAGAGGAGGGAAGAGGAGCAGGAGCGUGCCCGGAGGAUGGCUGAGCAGCGGCAGGCGGAACAGGAGCGGGAGAGACAGCUGGCUGCAGAGAGGGAGCUGGAGAGGAAGAGGGAGCAGGAGCGCAUCCGGGCAGAAAAGCUCCGGGAGCAGCAGGAGAAGGCUGCCCGCCUGCAGAAGGAGGCACAGGAGCGGCUCCGCAGGGAGAUGGAGAAGAAAGAGCAGGAGCAGCAGAUGCUGGCAGAGAGGAAGAGGCAGGAGGAAGAGCAGAAGAAAUUGUCAGAGGAACAAAAGGCCAAAGACAGCGCCCGGGCACCACUCCAGAACAACAAGGAGAAUUCCCCUGCUUGCAACUCGUAUCAGAUGACUCCUCAGAGCAGGAAAGAUCCCAAGGCCCCCUUGGCAAACUCAAAUGACUAUGGGAUGGACCUGAACAGUGACGACUCGACGGACGACGAGAGCCAACCGCGCAAGCCUGUCCCUGCCUGGGCCUCCGGGAAUCAGCUCAGCCAGGCUGUGAUCCGGCAGUACUACAACCCCCCUGAUGUGGACGCGCUGUUCGGGGCCAUCCCCAUCCCCAAGCUGGAGGACAUCUUCUACAAGAACAAGCCACGCUACUUCAAGCGCACCAGCUCAGCCGUGUGGCACUCCCCACCCACCAUGGUGGCCAGGCCAGCCCUGGGGCUGUUCAAGAAGCCCUGA